GCGAUGACGUCUUAGGCAUCGCGACGGAUCGCUCCUCGGGGCUCUUUCUCCCUUCCCCUCUCCCGGGCCUGGAUGUGGCCGGGCCCGGGCCGAUUGCGGUUCGCCUCCUCCCGGGCCGGUCUCCCCGCGAGACCCAGGGGCCCCAUGUGAGGAAGACGGAGGCGGGAAGAUGACCUCGAGGAGAUGGUUUCACCCCAAUAUUACCGGAGUGGAAGCAGAGAACCUGCUCCUGACCAGAGGAGUUGAUGGCAGCUUUCUGGCUCGGCCCAGUAAAAGCAACCCUGGGGACUUCACCCUUUCAGUCCGGCGCAAUGGGGCGGUCACUCACAUCAAGAUCCAGAACACCGGCGACUACUAUGACCUCUACGGGGGGGAGAAGUUUGCCACGUUGGCAGAGCUGGUCCAGUAUUACAUGGAACACCACGGACAGCUCAAGGAGAAGAACGGGGACGUGAUCGAGUUGAAGUACCCCCUCAAUUGUGCAGAUCCCACUUCUGAAAGGUGGUUCCACGGUCACCUCUCUGGAAAGGAAGCGGAAAAGCUGCUGACGGAAAAAGGGAAGCACGGCAGCUUUUUGGUCCGCGAGAGCCAAAGCCAUCCUGGAGACUUUGUGCUUUCUGUCCGGACCGGGGAUGACAAAGGCGAGAGCAACGAUGGGAAGUCCAAAGUCACGCACGUCAUGAUCCGUUGCCAGGACAUGAAGUAUGACGUUGGAGGAGGGGAGAAGUUUGACUCCUUGACGGACCUCGUUGAGCAUUACAAGAAGAACCCCAUGGUGGAGACUCUGGGGACUGUUCUUCAGCUGAAGCAGCCUCUCAACACUACCCGCAUCAACGCAGCUGAGAUUGAGAGCCGAGUGCGAGAACUGAGCAAGUUGGCUGAAACUACCGACAAAGUGAAGCAAGGCUUUUGGGAAGAAUUCGAGACUCUCCAGCAGCAGGAAUGUAAGCUCCUGUACAGCCGGAAAGAAGGACAGCGACAGGAAAAUAAGAACAAGAACCGAUACAAAAACAUUUUGCCUUUUGACCACACCCGGGUCAUCCUUCACGACGGUGAUCCAAACGAGCCAGUUUCGGAUUACAUCAAUGCCAAUAUCAUCAUGCCAGAAUUUGAGAACAAGUGCAACAGCGCCAAGGCCAAGAAGAGCUACAUCGCCACCCAGGGCUGCCUGCAGAACACGGUGAACGACUUCUGGCGGAUGGUCUUCCAGGAGAAUUCCCGGGUGAUCGUCAUGACCACCAAGGAGGUGGAGAGGGGAAAGAGCAAAUGCGUGAAGUACUGGCCGGACGAGCACGCCCUGAAGGAAUACGGCGUGAUGCGUGUCCGUAACGUCAAAGAGAGCACGGCUCACGACUACACGCUGCGAGAGCUCAAGCUCUCCAAGGUUGGGCAGGGCAACACCGAGCGGACGGUGUGGCAGUAUCACUUCCGGGCUUGGCCUGACCAUGGGGUGCCCAGCGAUCCUGGCGGCGUUCUGGACUUCCUAGAGGAGGUGCACCACAAGCAGGAGAGCAUUGCCGAUGCUGGUCCGGUCGUCGUCCAUUGCAGUGCCGGAAUCGGUCGGACUGGGACCUUCAUUGUGAUCGAUAUUCUCAUUGACAUCAUCCGUGAGAAAGGGGUGGACUGCGACAUCGACGUCCCAAAGACCAUCCAGAUGGUGAGGUCACAGCGGUCAGGGAUGGUGCAGACAGAGGCCCAAUACCGGUUCAUUUACAUGGCAGUCCAGCAUUACAUUGAGACGUUGCAGCGCCGGAUUGAGGAGGAGCAGAAGAGCAAGCGGAAAGGACAUGAGUACACCAACAUCAAAUACUCCUUAGCGGAUCAGGCCAGCGGAGACCAAAGUCCUCUCCCGCCGUGUACUCCCACUCCGGCCUGUCCCGAGAUGAGGGAGGACAACACCACGCGGGUUUAUGAGAACGUCGGUCUGAUGCACCAGCAGAAAACCUUCAGAUGAGACGAGAGCGAGAGCUUCCUCGUGGGGAAGGGUUGAAAUGCCGCUGCUCUCUCUGUUUUUUGUUAAACAAGGAAGCGAGACCAGCUGGGUCCCUCCCAUGAAGGAAGACGCUGCCUAAAGCCUCCUUUUUAUUUAUGAUGUUUUAACCCUUCAGUAAUAAGCAGAACUCAAGAUCUCCUUUCAGAGAAGCUCCUAAUUCAUCUUCUUUAAAAAAAAGUCUCAGUUUUACAACUGAUUUUUUUGUUGUUGUCGAUGCCAUUUUCCUUCCUGAACGUAUGAUUUUAUUUUAUUUUUUUCGCCUCCAAUGCAGACCAAUACUUUGUUGUACUUGAACGUUUCUUUCUUUCUUUCUUUCUUUCUUUCUUUCUUUCUUUCUUUCUUUCUUUCUUUCUUUCUUUCUUUCUUUCUUUCCUGGAGUUAAGAGGUUUUUUUUUUUUAACUGUUCCAAAUUUGUGCGGGUUUUUUUAAAAAAAGUUAUCUUUUUCUCUUAAAAAAAAAUUUAGAAAAAUAAGUUGUGGGAAAACUGAUACUUUUGGGAAGAAACCAAUUAUGUUAAUCAGGAAGAAUCCAGGGCUGUUUCCAAGCCAACUAACUCUCUGGAACGAGGUCUGGCUGGCCACAGAUUUGAUCAAGUUUCUAGUCCUCACGAAAUUCCAUGCUUGUUUUUUUCCCCCUUGUUUUUUUUCUUUUUCCUUGAAACGAUAAGUUCUAGAACUUCCAAUGAUGCGUUUUUGCACCAGAUUAAACCAGUUUGUUUAGAGUCAGCUGGCUCUUUGCUGUUGGGGAGAGGCAGGGGGGCACUUGAGGGGUGGGAUUUCAGCCCAGGGAUAUCCUGACCUCUGCCCCCCCCCAAUCCUCCCUCCCUCUCAGAUGCUUAGUGACUUCUCAAAAGGGUUGUCUCCUCUCCGGGAUCCCUGGAUUGGUCCAGGUCUCCCUCAAGAGGAAGAGGAAGCAGGAUGAAGAGGAUGAUUUUUGGGUGGGGGGCUGAAUGGAGCUUUGGAACGACCCACCCUGGCUGCUUUUCCAGCUUCUACCACAUCUUCCUCAGAGGAGAAACAGGGUGCCCCAUCCAGCUUUUGGAAGUGAGCCGGGGGUGGGCGGGCAAUGCCCUGGUUAAGCUAGACCUCCUUCAAGGCUCGGCCUUCUUUGGUGGGUCUUCUUUUGGCCCCCUCCCAGCUGAUGUAGCAAUGCCCAGCGUAGAGCUGUUACGCAUCUCAAGCCCAUCUGCUUCUCCAGGGUGGACGGCAGGGUGGGGAAGGGGGCUUGUGGUGGGAGAAAAAGUCCGGCAGCCUCUCUCGGCUGGCCCGGUGGGUGGGUUGGGAUGUGAUACACAGAGCAGGAAGCAACAAUCUCUCAGAGUUUCCGGGUGCUUGGGGAGGCUUUCUGCAGAGGGUUGCUGUUUCCUUGGGGUCUCUGUGCCUGGAUGAUCUGAUAAGGAGUUUAGGCAGGGCUCUCCAACCUUGGCAACUUUAAGACUUGUGGACUUCAACUCCCAGAAGUCCACAGCCAGCAUGAAUUCUGGGAGUUGAAGUCACAGGUUUUAAAAGUGGCCAGAGUUGGAAAGCCCUGGUUUAGGGGAUGCUCUCUUGCUCAGGAGCCUGUUUUGAAGGCAACACUGCUUAAAUCGGCUUCUCGUCUGGGCUGGGUGGUCCUUGUGUUCACCACAACAAUCCCAACCUCCCUUCAACACUGGGGGGGGGGAGCCACAAAGGUCGUUUGUGUGUCUCUUGCUUCUGCUGUAACUUUUCUGCAGAGCCUCCCCCCUUUCCCUCUUUUGUUCCAGCUUCUGUAAUCUAAUCUUGGGAGGACUGAGUCAAAGCAAGGCUCUCUCUGCCAGUCCUCAUCGUCUUGGCUUCGUCUGGAUUGGGUGUUUCCCGGCAUACGUGAGAGCGAGACGCUGACCCUCUUAAAAGCCCUUGAAGGAAUCUGAUGGGGGUUUUAUCCCAGGGCCAGGCUCAGCACCGCUUGGGACGCCCACGACGCGCCUGGCCGCUGGCCGAGCCGGAAUGAAGGAAACGGGACGGAGGCCCCGUCGUGCUGUUUCCUGCUGUUUCGGUCUUGCUUUUCAUGUUCGCCUCCCAACAGGGAUGCUGCUGCUGCUGCGUUCCCAGGGACCCUGUGGCUGAAUCGGGACGGCGGCCUCCUCUGGGUCUAGGACAACUCGCCGUGGCCAACUCACCAGGGCGAACUCUCCACGACCAACUGAUCGCGGCCACCUCGCUGCGGGACAAGAGUUACACUAAUAUUGAAGAAAUGGUGGAAUAGAACCGCUAAAGAAAGGAUGCCAAAGGAGGGAUGGAAUAAAUGUGAAUGGCAAAAAUUAAAAUGAUGAUUUUAAAUAAUUAACUAUGAGUUGGCUGUGGCGAGUUAGUCCCGUUCCGGCCUGGUUCCCGUCCGUGCUUCCUGUCUGCUCAAACCUCCCCCUGGCUUUGCGAGUCUCAGAAUUCAGGGGGGCGUCUCUGCGUGAAAGCGAAGCUCGGCCCCAACAGGUGCGCCUGGCGCCAUAGCGCCGGGGGGCGGGGUGGUGGUCUUGUGUGCAGGAAUCUCUCUUCUCUGUGCCCUAAAUUCUUGACACUCCACAAUGGAUGUUGAUAGGCAAAUGAUACAAAAAGUUGGUGUCCUUGUUUUCCAACUUUACUGAAGCGUAAUUUUCUUGAUUUGAGGAAAAUCAGGCGUGGUGGUGGAGUCUGACCAAAGGCUGUGAAAGAGAGAGACACACACACCCCUGCAGUGUUGGGCAGCAGUUCCAAAACUCUUGUGCCACUGCAUGGGAAAAGCCUGGCUGUGCCCAAUUGGGGGGAUCUGGCAGGGUUCUUUGCAAGUGGGGGAGGGCUUUGUUCAGAGGGGACCUGUUUCUGGUGUGAAGGCUGGUGUUAGUUGAGGAGCCAGACGGGGGCCAGGCGGAAGUUUUCAGUGGGGCUCUGUUGCCCUCUGAUAGGUAUCUUUGUGGGUCUGCCUGUGUAUGUGUGCAUUCUGAAGAUGUGAGCCAAGCUACAGUGAAAUCAGUUCCCUCCCUCCCUUUCUUCCUUUCUUCCCUCUUAUUUUUUCUUUCUUAUUUCUUCCCUUCUUUCCUUUCUCUUCUUCCUCCCUCCCUCCCCCCCCGUUCCUCCUCCUUUUCUGUGGUGCUUCCAACUAGUCUUUUCUUUCUUUUAAUUUAUGAAUACUCUUGUGACUUAAAAGAGAAAGCGAACGCAGAUGCCUCCGUGAGCGGAGACUGUUGUAUUAUUCACCUGGCUAGAAGUAGCUCCUCCUGUUUUAUUCUUCCUCCCUCACUCCCUCCUUUCUGAGCAGUGUAUGAAGUAUUCUACCCAGAGCAUUACAUAAAAUGUAAAUUAGAUGGAGAAAAAAAAAUACAACUCUUUCCUUGAAAAGGACUACCUAUAAGGGAUGUCGUUGAUUUGUACACUGAUCAAAGUCUGGGCUCCCACGUUCAGGGAAAGGGGGCGGAUUCCCAGCUGAUUGUGAGGCCUGCUUGAGUUGGUGUUUUGGCAUAAGGGGUUGGUGGGCUCCUCCCGGCUAUGGCCCCUGUGGGAGCUCCCGUCCGCUGCCUUUCGACUCCGAUUCUGUGGGCUCUUCUGUGACGGUUGGCGCGUGGCGUUCACAAGACGACCGAUCACGUUCAGAAAAAAACUUAGAUGUUGAGUGUCGCUAGGUCGCUGGCUGUGCUGCGAAUUUUUAAAAAUUGCGCCAAGGGUUCUCAAGAGUAAAAAAAAAACUGUUUGUAAAACACCAGAACUUAACAAAUGAAUAAAUAAAUAAAUACUUUUUCUUA